AUGGGUACGAAGAAGUACGAAAUCGCGGCCCAAUCUCCAAAAGAUGGAGAUGAAGAAGAAGUCGAAAAGAAGCUGGAAGAAGUCGGAACCGUCCAGAUCCCGGAUGGUGGCUAUGGCUGGGUGAUAGUUGCCGCCUCUUUUCUGGCGAAUGUGGUAGUUGACGGAGUAAUCUUCACAGCCCCAGCUUCGUGUACUCCUCUUCUCAAGGGUGCCUUUCUAUCAUCUGAUUCUCGUGUCUCGCUUGCCCAUUCGUUGAUGCAGGGAGGAUAUUUGCUGUCAGGCCCCCUCGCUUCGGCCCUUUCCAUCCGCUACGGUUGCCGUUUCGUGACAAUCGUUGGGGCGUGUGUGGCCGCCUUUGGAUUCGUUGCCUCGACAUUCGCCGAUCGGAUCGAGAUCAUCUACGUGACCUAUGGAAUUAUUGGAGGCGUCGGAUUCGGGUUGAUGUAUCUGCCGGCUAUCGUCGUCAUUUCCCAGUAUUUCUCGCAAAAACGUGCUUUUGCUACAGGAUUGGCCGUUUGUGGAUCUGGGAUUGGGACUUCAUUGUUUGCUAAUCUGAACUCGCUCGUGCUCCAAUACACGGAUAACAACUGGCGUUAUUUCUUCUUCUACCUGGCAGGAUGUUCAUUGAUUGGAAUCAUCUCGGGCCUCCUAUAUCGUCCCCUCCAACCAACUGAUGCUCAAGUCGAACAGGCUGCUGCUAUUGUCGAGAAGUAUGAAAAGACUAAGCAAAUCGAACAUUUGGAAGGUGACAAGGCCAACCCUGAGCAUCCAUUCCUCGCCAAAAUGGAGCAAGAGGCUGAGCAUCAGGGAGGCGACAAGGUGUGGUCGGAGCACGAGAAGGCCAAGGAGGUGGCUCGGGAAGUGCUGCAGGAGGUGAACAAUCCAUUGGCCAAGUCGGACGCCUUCUAUCCGGGCAGUACAUCAUCACUCAAUCAGAGGGAGAGGACUGCUUCUGCUUCUGCCGUCGACAAAGAGGCAUUCCUUCGUGAUACACGUCGAUCUCAACUCAGCAUCGCCUCGCCAAAGACAGGAACAUUCACUGCUGUUAAGGAGUUCCUGAAGGGAAUGGUUGAUAUGGAACAGAUGCGCCGUCCGUCAUUCCUUCUGCUGGCCCUCUCCGGAUUCUUGACAAUGACAUGUUUCUAUGUCCCAUUUGCAUUCCUUGGAAAACACGUCGAUCGCGUCGAGGCCCAUUCGAACGAGACAUAUACGGUACUACAGAAGGAUAUGCCCAUUACUGUCCUUGGCUUUGUCAACAUUGGCUUCAGGAUUUUGUGCGGGCGUAUCUCUGACAGUCCGGAUAUCGAUUCGUCCCUUGUCUCAGCCAUUGCAUUAAUGGGUGCUGGUUCAAUCAUGGUUGCCGUCCCGCUCUUCUCUCAUUAUUGGAAUUUCAUCGCCUUCACCGUGCCGUUCGCCUUCGGAAUUGCCUGUUUUGCCGCCCUCCGCUCGGUGAUGUGCGUGGAUUUGUGGGGCACUCAGAAGUUGUCUUCCUCCUUCGGCACCCUGAUGUUGUUCAUGGGCUUCGGCGCACUUCUCGGCUCGCCAUGUGCUGCGAUCAUCAAGGAUUUCUCGGGCAAUUUCGACCUGAGCUUCUACGUCAUGGGAUCGCUGAUGGUGCUUUCUGGUCUCGUGUGCGUUCCGCUGAAGCGUAUCCGCGCCUGGGAGAUCGAGAGGGAGACCCGCACGGCUCCCGUGGAAUUGCAGCCACUCAGGGCA